CGGCUAGGUCUUAUUUUCGGGGAAACAUGGUAAUUAUCCUUUCUGUGUUACAGAUAGGGAAACUGAGGCCGAGGGAACUCGAGGAACUCUUCUGAGGUGACAGUGUGAGGCAAAGCAAGGAUUUUAAAUUCUGACUUGUGACAAUCCAGAAUCCAAGCUCAGCUCUUAACUACAGGGUGACGUCAGAGCCCCUGCUUCUGAGACAGAACGGUUACGAGAAACCCGCUUGUGGUGAGGUGACACGAGUGAACACAGCAAGUGACCAAAAUGCUCAGCUAAUAAAGUGCCACCAUUGUAGUGAGUCGUGUGAAAAGCGGCAUUUAACCUUUUGCACUGCGGGUUUUUAAAUUAAAAACCCAUUUUAAGUAAGCUCAGGUCCAUCCCCAGUGUUUUUGAGGCUAUAGUGAAGCAGGAAAGGUCAUGGAGGCCAAAUGCCUAGACCCAACAGCCAGUCCUGCCAUUGCUGUGUGACUUCUGUACCUCAGUUUCCUCGUCUGUAAAAUGGGGUAACAUUUGCACCUGUUGCAAAGAGUUGUAGAGAUUGAACUAGGUGAUGUGUGUAAAGUUCUUACAGCAGUACCUGGCACUGAACAAGUGUUAUCUGUUACCAUCGUCAUCCUCACCAUUCUUAGAAAUGGUGAUCGUGGCUGCCAGGCAUAGAGACACACUCAGACAAACAAAGGAAGUCACUGGAAGAAAGGGCUUUCACAGCUCUGAGGGGCAAGGCUCCCACUUGGACCUUACAAGAGACUGGAAUCUGUCCCGGGAAACCCAGGAGGACCCAACGCAUUCACUUUUGCAUCUCUGAGACCGCAGUUUCUAAAUUCGUCUCUGCGGGUCUGCUCCCCUCAUCUUCCUUCUGCAGACUGGCUUUCUCUUUCUCUCUGCACCUGACCAACAGCCACCCCAGCCCUAAAACUGAAUCACCUCUCCUCUAUACUACUGGUUACCUAACUAGUAGUCCAUGGCCAACUUCCCAGAUGAGAAUCUGAUUGGCCCAUCUUGGUCAGCUGUCUGGCCCUGGUCCAAUCAGCUGGUGGGGGGAGUUGAGGGGUCAGUCAUGUAAUACGAUACUGGUCCAGGGGACCCACUCUAGUGAGUGGGGAGACUGGUGACUUCCUCUGAGCAUAGUUCUCUUGCCGUGGAAUUUAGAGAGUAUCCUUUCUAGAAAAGGACUGAUUCAGAUCGUCUUUGUCCUGCUUUAUUGUUUUCCUAAUACAUGAAAUUGAAAUCGUGUAGUGUAUUUGUACAAGUUUGCUAUCUAUCUAAGGACUGUUAAGAGUAAGACCGGCAGGACGUGUUUCUUUUUCUUGGUUAUUACCACAGCACCUGGCACGUGGCCUGACAUGGUAGAGUCAGGUAAAGACCUCGUGAUGAACAGAAUGUCCGAGGGCCCCAAAAGUCAGGCCAGUUUCGGCAGAAGUGGCAAUCAUCAGCUGGUCUGACCGCAGGCUUCCUUCCAGCAGUUUCAGUUUCACGGACUCUGGGAAGUCUCGUCUCUUUGGCAAGAUUUGCGCUUGUUGUUAGCAGUCUGGUCCACUGCCUGUAGUGUGCGUUGAAUCCAGCCCUCAGCGAGACUGGUCUCUAACACGGACUUCACAAGCGAAGGAUGAGAACGGAUGGAGUGGUUCAAUAGAGAGGGGUGUUUAGUGGGGACUAAAAUUAUUUUUUGUCUUAUGAUAAAAUUCCUACCUUCCCAGGGACCAGGAUAAUAAAUACUCAGAAAAUGAGGACCGGCUGGAUGAAAACAUGGUCCAGAGAGGGAAGCUUUUCAUCUGUUUGCGGCUGUCAGAGGCUUUUAUAGACGAACGGGGUUCCGAGGGAUGAGGACGAGUUUCCCAGAUAAAGCCACAGACCCAAGCGUGUCAGAACAGGAUUGGUCAGCGAUCCAGAAUUUCUGUGACCAGGUGAACACGGAUCCCAAUGGCCCGACCCACGCACCCUGGCUGCUGGCCCACAAGAUCCAGUCUCCACAAGAGAAGGAAGCUCUUUAUGCCUUGACGGUCCUCGAGACGUGUGUGAACCACUGUGGGGGGAAGUUCCACAGCGAGGUGGCCAAGUUCCGCUUCCUGAACGAGCUGAUCAAAGUGCUGUCCCCGAAGUACCUUGGGUCCUGGACCACGGACAGAGUUAAGGGGAGAGUCAUUGAGAUACUAUUUAGCUGGACAGUCUGGUUUCCAGAAGACAUCAAGAUCCGGGAUGCUUACCAGAUGCUGAAGAAGCAAGGAAUCAUAAAGCAAGACCCUAAACUACCAGUGGAUAAAAUCUUGCCCCCACCUUCUCCCUGGCCCAAGAGUUCCAUUUUUGAUGCAGACGAAGAAAAGUCAAAGCUUCUGACUCGGCUUCUGAAGAGCAACCUCCCUGAGGACCUGCGGGCUGCAAACCAGCUGAUCAAGAGUCUGGUCAAGGAGGAGCAGGAGCGCUCAGAAAAGGUUUCCCGGAGAGUGAGUGCCGUGGAGGAGGUGCGCAGCCACGUGAAGGUGCUGCGGGAGAUGCUGGGUGUCUACCGCAGGCCGGGGCAGGCCCCCCCGGACCAGGCGGCCCUGCAGGUCGUGUACGAGCGCUGUGAGAGGCUGCGGCCCACCCUGUUCCGGCUGGCGAGUGACACCGGUGACGACGACGACGCGCUCGCGGAGAUCCUGCAGGCGAACGACCUCCUCACGCAGGGCGUCCUGCUGUACAAGCAGGUGAUGGAGGGCCGCGUCAACGCGGGCAGCAAAACUCCCCGCCCCGCGGGAAACAUGCCUGUCUCCAGAGUCUUUCGGAAUCCAGCAGGCUGCACGAGGAACUGCCUGGUUGACUUGGAGGCAGACAGUGGGUCUGAGCAGGCUGGUGCCGGGUCACCAUCCCUGCUUCACCGGGACCUGGCAGCCUUAGGACUCAGUGAUGCUCCAGUCACCAACAAGGCUGCCGGCCAGAGUUGCUGUAAGGAGAAGCGGAACCCCACUGCCCGGGCACUGCCAGCUGGUGGGGUGCAGAGCCCGUCUGCAGAAAGCAGCCUGCUGGACGUGCUGUCCUCACAGCCACCUUUGGGCUCUCUGAAUUACGUUCCACAGAAAAGUAUCCCUGAGGAAGUCCCACCAGGUACUAAGUCAUCCCCAGGUUGGUCCUGGGAGGCGGGCUCGAUGGCUUCGUCCUCAUCCUCCCAGAAUACACCUCUGGCUCAGGUGUUUGUCCCUUUGGAGUCUGUGAGACCCAGCGGCCUGCCUCCGGUUAUCGUGUACGACCGCAAUGGCUUCAGGAUUCUGCUGCACUUCUCUCAGACGGGGGCCCCCGGGCACCCUGCGCUGCACGUGCUGCUGCUGACGUUGAUGAGCACGGCCCCCCAGCCCGUCUGGAACAUCUCCUUCCAAGUGGCCGCGCCAAAGUCAAUGCGAGUGAAGCUGCAGCCGGCGUCCAGCACGAAGCUCCCUGCGUUCAGCCCUGUGGUGCCUCCAGCUGUGAUCUCACAGGUGCUGCUGAUUGACAACCCACACAAGGAGCCCAUCCGGUUACGGUACAAGCUGACAUUCAACCAGGGCGGACAGCCUUUCAGUGAAGUAGGGGAAGUGAAAGACUUUCCCGACCUGGCGGUCCUGGGUGCAGCCUAACUUGCCCAGACACCCUGCCAGUCCAGGGCCGGCCGUGCGACUGCCGUCUGCGUGGGACUGACCUUGGUGACCUCGUGCAGUGCCAAGAGUUCUGUGCGUGCCAGUCUGACGUCUACAGACACUGUGUGCGUGUGUGUGUGUGUGUGGGGGGGGGGUGGGGG